AUUGGCUCCCACACAAGCCACGCCCCCUGACGGUGGUAGAGGACAGAUUGAAGAUGGCGGCGUCCCUGAGGUCUUUUCUCCGCUCGGGCAGGGGAGGCGUGGCGGCGCUGCGUCGGCGAGACUUCCACCGCAGGGCUCCGGCCGCUGUGCAGGUGACGGUCCGUGAUGCCCUGAACCAGGCCAUGGACGAGGAGCUGGAGCGUGAUGACCGUGUGUUCCUGAUGGGUGAGGAGGUGGCGCAGUACGACGGAGCUUACAAGGUCAGCAGAGGUCUGUGGAAAAAGUACGGAGACAAACGCAUCAUCGAUACUCCAAUCUCAGAGAUGGGUUUUGCUGGUAUCGCCGUUGGAGCCGCCAUGGUGAGUUUGUUGUUCUUUUUUAUGAGACCCAUUGGUGAGUUCAUGACCUUCAAAUUCUCCAUGCAAGCCAUCGAUCAGGUCAUCAACUCGGCAGCCAAGACUUGCUACAUGUCCGCCGGCCUGCAGCCGGUGCCCAUCGUCUUCAGGGGACCCAACGGCUCCUCGGCCGGCGUCGCUGCACAGCACUCGCAGUGCUUCGCUGCGUGGUACGCUCACUGUCCAGGUUUGAAGGUCGUGAGUCCGUGGAACUCAGAAGAUGCCAAGGGCCUCCUUAAAUCAGCCAUCAGAGACGACAACCCUGUGGUGUUUCUGGAGAACGAGCUGCUAUACGGCGUGCCCUUCGAAAUGUCUGAAGAGUCGCAGUCAAAAGACUUCACCAUUCCCAUUGGCAAGGCCAAAGUGGAGCGACAAGGGAACCAUGUGACUUUGGUUUCUCACUCCCGGUUCGUGGGUCACUGUCUGGACGCUGCUGCCGUCCUCACCAAAGAAGGAAUCGAGUGUGAGGUGAUUAACCUUCGGACCAUCCGGCCGAUGGACGUGAACUGCAUUGAGACCAGUGUGAUGAAGACCAACCACCUGGUGACUGUGGAGGGGGGCUGGCCCCAGUUCGGGGUCGGAGCUGAGAUCUGCGCCCAGAUCAUGGAAGGCCCCGCCUUCAACUAUCUGGAUGCUCCAGUUACCAGGGUGACGGGUGUUGACAUCCCCAUGCCAUAUGCCAAAAUCCUGGAGGACAACAGUGUGCCACAGAUCAAAGACAUCAUCUUCUCCGUCAAGAAGACACUAAACGUCUGAGUGGAAACAUGUUCGAGGUCGUCUGUCUUUGUGAGGACCCGAUGACUUCAUGGUGAAAUGGUUCUCAACCCUCUGAUGGUCACUAAAGGUCAAAGUGCUUCUCACAAAGAAGGAUAAACACAACCUCUUCUAAACCCCGUCCUCUUCACAAUAAAAGUCUCCUCUUACUCACUCAGCAGAAAACAUUUGGUGGAGGGAAAAGCAAAAAGACUUGUUUUUUUUAACACAGUAGACUCCACCUUUACAUUGAUGUAACAUAACUGUGACAGUUUGUAGAAAAACUAAUGUGGACAGAACCACGAUAACCUUCAAAUACAGUUAAUGAUACUGCAAGAUGAUAAAACACCUAUUUAUAGACACAUAUCAAUGCAAAAUGUUUCAUCCUUCUGUUUUCUGUGCUAGCUAAGCCCCGCCCCCCAAAGCCAAACUUUAGUGUGAAGUGUCAGAAAGGAGGUGUGGCAAGUGGAGGCGGAGCUUGUUGUGAGUUGCUAUAAAUGAUUGUUACAGAAAAUAAAUGUCUGUUGUUGGGCUGUUCUUCUUGACUUCA